GCAUGCUGCGGACUAAUGAUAGCUACCACCGGCAAGAACAAACGCAGGGCGCUAAGCGGCCCUUCCUGUCAACACUGCGGCCUUGCUUCCACUUCGGCGCGAAAACGCAUCGGUCUCCGCCGCCCGCAAAGACAACGCCAGGCGACGCCCUCAACAGGGCUUGCCCUUCAACUGCCCUACUUCAAGAUGGCCGCCGGCUACGCCCCUUGCGGUUCGCCCGCGUCACGUGGCGGGGGGGGGUUGUCCUCCCGGCGCCGCCAUAGCCCGGCCCCCUUUCGCCCGGGUCUCGGCGCGUGGUACCCCCGCCGGGUCUCGGCCGCCGCUGCGGUGCGAGCUCCGGGCCCGGCCGCUGCACCUGCCCCAUCAAGGUUAUGGGGCGUGGGCCGCGCCCGGGUCGCAGGUUCCGACCUGGGGUUGCUGCAGCUGGUGCUAGGGCUGGGGCGGGCCCUGCUCUGCUGUGGUAUCGGAGGCCUCCAGCAGGAAGCUGUAUUGCCUGCUCACUGCUACUCCCAUGAGGCACAUGAAUCAGAUGAAGAAUUUGAUGCUCGUUGGGUAACGUACUUCAACAAACCAGAUAUUGAUGCCUGGGAGCUAAGGAAAGGCAUGAAUACACUGGUGAGUUAUGAUCUGGUUCCAGAACCAAAAAUCAUUGAUGCUGCGUUGAGAGCGUGCAGACGGUUAAAUGACUUUGCUAGUGCAGUCCGCAUCUUAGAAGCUAUAAAGGAUAAGGCAGGACCUCACAAGGAAAUCUACCCUUAUGUUAUCCAGGAACUUAGACCAACUUUGAACGAAUUGGGAAUCUCCACUCCAGAGGAACUGGGCUUGGACAAAGCAUAAAUCUUAUUGAUGGGUUGCCUGUGCAUUUUAUUAAUGCUACCUGAUUGUACAGUUGCCUGGAGAGACAGAUGUUAAAAUAUUACCUUAUUUGAAAUUACUUCUUCCUUUAUUGAGUCACAAUGUAUGUGAUUUGAACUUGAACCUAAUAAAGGAGAAACUGGUUUGAACUGAA